AUGGAGAAAACUGUAAUUAAAUGUACAGAUUGUGAAGCAACAUUUACAUUAAAAAAAAAUAUGUAUGCUCAUUGCCGUAACAUUCACAAAAUUGAACAUUUAAGCAAAAAACCAAAAAUGUCUCAAUGUCAUAUUUGUGAUGUAAAAUUUGUGAAUAAAAAGUGUUUAUUCCAACACAUGAAAACAUUUCACAAUAAUUCUACAAAUGAAAAACAUACUAGAAUAAUAUGCCCUUAUGACUUAUGUGAGGAAUACUUAUUUACAUCUCUCAAAUUAAGAGAACACUUGUGUGUUAAACACAAUAUUACAGUAGAGCUGGAAGAGAUAACUUUUGAUAAUUUAAAAGAAUUUGAAACAUGGAAGCAAAAAAUAGAAAAAGAAACAGUUUCGAUGUACGUAUUAGAUACUGGAGCAAAAAAAUUGUUUAAUGGAAUUCUUAAACAAUAUUAUUUUUGUUAUCGCUCAUUAAAUUAUCGAAAAUCAGGAAAUAAUUUAAGAUUAAUGAAGUCGAUGGGAAGCAAUAAAAUUGGUAAAACUUGUCCGUCAAAACUUGAAACAACAAUAGUAGAAACUAAUGGAGUUGCUUCAGUCAAAGUAAAAUACUGGAAAACGCACUGUGGGCAUGCUCAAGAAAUUGGUCGAUUGAAAAUUGAUAAAGAGAAUAGAGCAAUGAUUGCAGGUUCUUUAUUUAUAUACAUAUAA